GUUUUUGUGGCAUUUAUUGACGUCAAUGUGAAAAUGGCGUACAAUGAUGAGGACUUGUGUACAAAUCACGCAGAUUUUGCUGUAAUAUGUUCAUUUAUCGACAAAUUUGGGGAGAAGUUAGGUUUAACUCUUCCCAACAUAGGCGAGCUUCAAACUUUAUUAGAAGACACAGAUAACGUCAGUCCUAUCUUGGGACAAACUGUAAGUCAGCUAUUACGACGUAUCAACAAAUCUGUAAAAACUGAUCGUUGGGAGCGAGGUUUGCAACGGUUUGCUCACUCCUACUCUCAUCAAGAUGGGUGGGAACUUGAACGGUUUGGCUUUAAAAAAGCCAAACUGGAAUGCAAGAUUCGUGUUCUUAAGAAUCUUAUGGAAGCUCAGUUUGAUAUGUACAAGAGUUUCAAAGAUAAAGUAAAUCUAAUAUCAGCAAAAGAGCUUCGCCUUCAGCCUUACGGCCGUGAUAAAAAGGGAGUUUCCUACUGGUGCCAGUUAGACGACUGCGCAAAUCUCCGUGUUUACUGUGAUGACCAAGAUGAAGAAACUUGGACGCUUGUUGCAAGCUCAAGAGAUGAACUUGUGGCACUCAUCGCAGAACUGGAUUCAGAGACUCCCCCGGGAGCCAGCAGAGAAAUGUCAGUUGAUGGAAGUCGUAGUGGAACAGCUACACCCAUGGGACUGAGUGAAGCACCCACGCCUGUUGACAGCAAAGCUGCCACUCCAGUUGCUAGUGGGAGAACCUCGCCCAUCCUAGAUACAGGCCAGGACAAGGAAAUCGACCAGAUUGACAAAACUGAAGAGAAAAUCAAACCGAAGGUUGUGGAAGUUGAGAAGAUUAAGGAGAAACUAGAGGGAGAGAAAACAAAACUAGUUAGUGGGGCAGGUGGAGAACUGCAAGACAGUGUGGAGAAUGAGAAAAAGAAAGAAAUUUUACCAGAGGCCAAAACAGAAACCAUCUGUGAUGAGAAGAAAGAAUCUGUGGAGGAGAAGGUAGAAGAAAAGGUUAAGGAAGAAGAGAAACAUGAUUUGAAAGUGGAAGAGAAAGAUGAAGCAAAAUUACAGAAAGAAAAAAUUGAAAAAACUGAAGAAAAGCCACAGGAUAAAGAAGGAAAAUAUUCAUCUGAAAGUAAAGUAAAAGAAACUUUACAGGAAGAGCAAGUAAAAGAAAGGUUGCAGAAAGACAAAACUAAAGAAAAGGUGGGAGAAGAACUAACAGAGAAGUCAAAAGAUUUGCCAAAGGAAGAAAAGGAAGUAGUAUUGAAGGAGAAUAUCAAGAGAGAGGACACAAAGGAAUCCUUACAAGAGGAAAAGACAAAGGAAAUCUUAAAAGAAGAGAAGGCUAAAGAGAUCUUAAAAGAAGAGAAGACAAAGGAAACUUUGGAAGAGGAAAAAACAAAGGAAACAUUACAAGUGGAAAAGAAAAUAGAGACACCAAAAGAGAAGGUAGAUGAGUCUGUACAAGAAGAGAAGCCAAAGGAGGCAUUCAAAGCUGUGAAAACAGAUGAAAAAUUGCCCAAGGAAAAAUCAGCAGACUUGGCUAGUGCAAAAUUGGAUGCUGAAAAGGGAAAGGUUGACAUAAAAGACGAAAAGGUUGUAGCUGUUGAAGAAAGUAAAUCAUCAGAAAGGCAAGUAACCAAGGAAGAAAAUAUUACAGAUAAGGCUGAAAAGAACAUUAAAAAGGAAGAAGUUGAUAACAGACUCUCAAAGGCUGAGGAGACUGAAACACAAAAGAAAGACAGUCUACCUCAUACUCAGAAGGAGACAGUUCAUUUGGAAACAAAACCAAUGGCAAAGUCAGGGGAGCAAGACAAGAAAACUGAAGGAGAACAUGUAAACAAAACAGAAAGAGAACCAGUAAGGAAAACCAGUAAGGAAAACAGAAGGAGAACCAGUAAGGAAAACAGAAGGAGAACCAGUAAGGAAAACAGAGUGAACCAAAAGAAAAGAACAGAAAAGAAAACAGAAGAAAAGGCACCUCUACCAGUGCCUGUUAAACCUGAAGUUAGUGUCUCCUCACUUUGUGAAGAUAUAAAAGCAAAGAAAUACAAAUUGGAGAAAGAGAAAAAUCUUCAAGACGAAGAGAGAGACAGAGGAAAGUUUGGGUUCAGUGAAAAGUUUGAGGUUAAGAAGAAAGAGAGUGUGUGGGACAAGUUGAACAAAAUGAAGGAAACAUCCAAGAAGGAAGUGCCUGAGAGCAAAGAUCUGAUUGGUGGCUAUAAGCCCAGUGUGGCAAAACCUGGAUCUGAUGUGCAGAAGGAUAAGAGGUCAGAGGCCAUGAAAGAGGAGAAGGAGAGUUCUGAAAUGGCCAAACCGAACACAGACAAAUCCUCAAUCAAGGUUAGUGAAUCUUUACCAAAGCUUGAAGGUAAGCCAACAACUACUUCAAGUGGUGAGAAAUUGACUGAAGGACUCAAAGGUACAAUGCAGGAGUCCCAGAAGCCAUCUGGUGUAAGUACCAUUGUCAGUCCUUCAACUGUGCUAUUAAACACUCCCUCCAGUACCUUACAAGCUGAUAAUACUAUUACUGCAUCCUUGAAAAAACCACUAGCUGUUUCUCCAACAAGGAAUGAAAGUACUCAUGAGCCUCCACAGAAGAAAUUAAAAGUGGAAGAUAUUAAACCUCUUGAAUCUCAGAAAAGUCCUCCCAUUGAGGAGCACAAAAACAUAACUCAGAUCUGUGAAUCAGUGGGUAAAGGGGGACAACUUUUAAAUAAAUCAGAUUCUGCACCAAGCAGUACACAGUCUGAGGUUAAGCUUAGUAUGAAAUCAGAAACAACUGGAAGUAACUUUGCUUCUAAAGAAGAUAAACAAAUACCUUUUGAAAAGGAUUCUGAUAAAACAAAAAAUGCUUCUGAGCUAUUAAAAAGUGAAAGUCUAGUUGUAAAUACAAAGGAAGCUCAUUCUGAUACAGACAAAAGUCUGUGCAAGCCAGUUCAAACUACGAAUUCUGAAAGUGCAAAAGUAGAUCAGGAAAAGGUAGAUACAAAUAUUCCAAGUGCAAGUAACACAUCACAUUUGAAAGAUGAAACUAAGAGAAGCAAUGAAGAAGUUAGUAAGUGCGUACCAGUUCCAGAGGAAAGUAAAAGUGAAAGGCAGAAAGAUUUAGCUGCAGAAGAAAAAAUGGAAGUGGAGACAUCUACUUCAGACAAAGAAAAAAAUACCACAAAUGUAUCUUCUGAGACUGACACAGGUGCUUUACCAGUAAAGGAUGAAAAAAUGGAGGUGGAAUCAUCAAGUGAGCCUAAACCUUGUGAACCACCAGACAAAACUGCAGUUCAUGAUGAAAAGAAAUCAACACAUGAAGACUCAAAGAUGGAAGUUGAUGAGGCAGUCCCGGAGGAGCAGCCAUCACAGAAAGACUCAGCUAGUGAUGCAAAAAUGGAUGUUGAUAAGAAACCAAGUGAUUCGACAGACAAAAACAGUGCAAAACCCAUAGGACCAGAACCUGAAGUAGGGGAAGCAAUCACAGAACCUGUCAUGUUGGUGAAGGGGGAUGGUGAAGGUGCUGCUUGUGAGGCAGGAAACCCACUGCUGGACAGUGAUAUUGAAUGUCACACAGACUCUUCAAAGCCUUGGUGGGAGUGUUUUAGUAGAAGUGAUAGUUCAGGUGAUAGUGUAGGGGAAGCUGUAACAGAAGAAAUUAUGUAUUUCUGGGGAGAGGGCAAUGGUGCUGAUUGUGAUGCCGGAAAUAAUGGUGAUGAAACCGAAACUAAUUCUGAUGCAAAGCAAGCUGACAGUGGGGGGAGUAGUGCAGCUGUUACAGCAGAAAAUCAAGGAAACCCAACACCAAGUGAAAUAAAACCCCAAAAGGAGGUUGAUAGUUUAAGACCUGACAAUGAAGCAAAAGUAGUUGACGGAGUCCCAGACAGUGAUGAAACAAAAGUGAAUGGAAUAAGAACUAUAGACUCAACAGAAAAGACAGAGAAAAGUUUGAGUAUGCCUGAAAAAACAGGGGAAUUGGUUGAGAAACAUAGUAGUGUUAAUGGUAAGAAAACCAAGGAGAACAGUGAUGAGUGCAAUGAUAGAGAUAAGAGUGAAGUGGAUGCAGUAAAUGAUAAAGAGGAAGUAGUAGAGGAAAAAACUAAAUCAGAAUCAUUUGAGAAUGAAGAGAAAAGUUUGACAAAUGACAAAGAUGAGGAGAAAGAAAAUACUGAGGAGAAAAAUGAUACAGAAAAUGUCAGCAAGUCAGAAACUGCCGACAGCUUAGAAAAAAAAGAGGAGGCAAGGGAGGAUGAGGAAUCAUCAAUAAAAGAGGAAGAGAAAAGGGACAGUGAAAGUGAAGAGGAAGAUGAAGAAUCCAAACCAGUUAAAAGAGGCCGGGGCAGGCCUUUCGGCACUCACAAAAAACGUCCGAAAGGCAGAGGAAGGCCAGUGAGGAAGGCGGCUGAUCAGGAGGCCCAAGGUAGUGAUGCUGAAAAUGAAGAAAAGGAAGGAGAAGCAGACAAUGAUGGAGAGGAGGAUGAAGACAAAUCACCAAGUAAAAAGAGAAGACAACGAGGGAAAGGCAGCACUGCACGACCAUUGCCUGAUGUUCCUAGACAAAGGUCAGCACGCAUUGCUAAGAUAAGAGAGAAAGAGGAAAUGGAGAGAAGAGAGCUGGAAGCUCAACGAAUGAAACAGCUGGCAGAAGAAAAUCGGCUGAAGGAGCUCAAGAGGAAAGCCAGAGAAGAGAGACGAGUAAGAUGGAAGCUCCUCAAUUUACUAUUUAAAGCUUUUGUUUUCUAA